AGUUUGCCGCUCGAGCAGUAAAAUAUGUCAAAUUUAACUGCUUCGGCAGUGGCUGCUGCCCAUGAAGACACGGCCAAACGGCUUAAAAACUGAAAAGCAAACCUAACCUAACUUUAACAAACAUUUUUUUCUGAGUUUAGAAGCAAAGGUAUUUGAAUAAUUAUCUUUAUUUUGAAGUUAUCAUUGUUAACUCAGUUGAGAUUUAUAUGCACUUUUUUCUGUAAAGUUAUUUGCUUGAGUUUAUUUAUGUUUAAAAGAAGUUUUAAAUAUUAUAAGUCAAAAAAACCAUUACCAAGUUUAGAGGAUGUACUGGACAUGAAUAAAUCAGGACAAUUGUUAAAGGAGUUUUGGACAGACUGCUAUUUUCUUAAUUGGAGGAAAAACUCUAGAAGAAAAACCAACAUCAUUAUUCCUGAGAAGUGGAGAUAUUAUCAUAAUGAGUAAAGAAUCCAGGUUGGCCUACCAUGCUGUUCCCAAAAUAAUACAUACCGAAAUCACACCUUGGAAAAUUAAUAACGACUGUACAUGGGAAAAUGACAAUAACGAAAUGCAAUUUUUAGUAGAUGAAAGCGAUUGGAAACCCUUCGGUGAAUACCUUGAACACUCUAGAAUUAAUGUUAAUGUGAGACAAGUUGUAUGAUAGCAAUUCGAUUGAAAAUCCAAUAUUCAGUAAGUGUGAAUAUUAUGUUAUAAUAAAGAAGAUAGAGAGAAACCGUAAUGAUUCUUAGUGAGUCUGAAAUAAGCAGAGUCACAUGUGUGUAUUAUUAAAAAAAAAUAUAAUUGAGGAUACUUGA